CGGCCGAGACGUCCGGGUUAUUGCGCUUCUCGCGGAGUCGCUCCCAAACCGCAGCUGAACACGGCUACAGAAAAAUAAGACAGCGACGCGGCAGGUGCGACGUUGCUACUGAACUCAACGCAUCAUGGGCGGCCGGGCGACGACAUUGUGCUUUCUUCUGCUCGUUGCAGGAUGUGUAACGGCCGUCGUGAGUGAGGAAGCCCACCUGCGUCAACGUCGUGACUUCGGUUGUGCACGGGGAAUGAUUUUCGCGUGCCAAAGAAGGUGCAUGCGGCUUUACCCUGGAAGCACGGGCUACUGCCAGGGAUUCCGCUGCAUGUGCGACACUCACAUCCCCGUCAGGCCACCGAUCUUCGUGGGCUGAAGAGGCUCGACGAUUACAUGCUGGAAGUGCUUCUUUCAAAUAAAAUG